GAAAAUUUGGCUUGGACAUGGGAACGAAAAAUGCAGACAAAAGCCCUCUCAGGCCAGAAGUGAAUGGUAAACGUGCAAGAAAUGUGAAAUCUCCAUACUAAUCAAAGGCAGAGAGACCUAAAAACCCAUAGAAAAAAACCUGCUCAGUAGACUCUACAAUCACUCAUUCUCAGCAGCUUUGCGUAAACUGCUAAUGCAGAAAGGGCUGUGGAUUUGCCUCCCUUCUUCCCUUUGCUGUCUUCAGGGUUCCAGGUAUAUUCUAUAACUUCUAGCAAAUCCGCUUUCGAAAAAAAAAAAGCCUAAGAUCACAGGCUCAAGAGGGAAGGAGUAGCAUUUUAGAGACUCAUCAAGUCGGACCAGCGCUAUCCAGACGCCCCCUCUGGGCUCGAUCUGGAGACCAGUGAGGCGUAGAAAGGAUGCGGGCUCUUGCUGCACAGAGCCAGCUUCUCAGCUGCAACUGACCAAGCAUUCAGCCUUUGUGCUAAUAUAUUUCUGGGGGCGGGGGUAGGGAGGAAGAGGUAGAAGGGUGGGGCGAGCAGCCCGAGAGGGACAUGAGCCUACAUCAGGGAAGACUGAGCUUUUUUAGAAAUCAGACCUUCCCAGCAGCUAAGGGGACACUGUGAUUACGGCGCCGCUCCAGGGAGCAAGGUGAUGUGGCGCAGAGAAUGCGAACUUCGGUCGCCUGUCUCUAACUUAGGAAGCAAUUGCCUCUCCGUCCAACCAUGGGGCUUUCGGGACUCCCUCCCUGCAGCCCGCUGGAAGCAUGCCAUCUUUGGUGUGGGCGCCCAGAACCUUGACCGCUGCGCUCAGCUGCCCUACAGCCGCCGCCCGAAAGGACUAUGUACUGAGAACCCUAAGGACUCGUCACCCAGGUGAGUGUCUCUUCCUGGGUCCCAGAGGUGGCUGGCUUCUUGGGCCCGACUGGACAAUGGCGCACCUCUCCUCUGUUGCCUCUGCACCCGCAGCGUAGCGCCUUGCUCCUCGUCGCCUAAUUCCACCCAGGCGGCUCCUGGAGUGCUUCAGGAGAGACAGUGGGGACACGAGACGCCAGCCUCGGAAGGGCUUCGCUCCCCCUUUCCCUCUAGCCCGAUCGGCUGCGGUCAGAUGAAAAGACGCGGCGGGAGCUGGGUGUGAUAGGAUCCCAAGAAGGGCUGGCUUCCUGUAGGUUAGGGGGAAACAGCGUUGAGAGGCCCGUAAGGGAGCAGGUGCAGUCCUAGCAAGGUGGCCGGCGGCUCUGCCCUGCCUUGAUCCUUACAGCUCGGGUGCCUACGCGGGAACAUGUAUGGCGAACUCUUCAAUUCCACCAGUGCCGCCGAAGUCCCGCUCCCGCUGCACACCAGGGGAAUGUAUGGGAGCGGGACCCCAAAGCCCGUGAGCUCUUCUGUUCUCUACACAUCGACAGCCCGGGCUCUCAAGGAGGGGGAGAUAAGUAAGCCAGACCUGGUGACUUACCUCGUGUUGUUCUUCUUCCUAUUCUUGUUAGUGUCUCUCAUCGUACUCUUCAUUAACUGUCAGCUGAAAAACACCUUCUUUGCCACUUUAUCUUACGAUCGAUCUCUGAGAGAGGCUCGGACUCCGUGGAAAACGCAGGCUGUCUAACACCACAGGUGGCCAGAAGCUGGAAUAAUAAACCCUGUCUGCUCCUUUUGACUUGAAAA